AUCACUACAUCUACCAAUUGUUCGUACAUGUACAAUUGGGUAUGGCGGACAAAAAGAUGCAUCUCAGGGACAGAUCACGUUUAUAUUGCCUGUUCAAAAAGAGUGUGUGGGCGUGCUCCGGGCAGAUGAGGUGUGAUUCAAGAGGGUUCGAGAAUGAGAGAGUGUGUGGGAGAGAGAAGUACAACAAAGACAGACAAUCUGGCAGUGUAUGACUGAAUCGCCAUUUGAAAAAUUCAAAAACAAUGUCAAACUUUGAUUUUUUAAAACCCAUGCUAUUGGUGUAAUGUGCUAAAUGUUUCAUUUAGAUGAGGUUUUUAUUUACACAAAUAAGACAAGGAUACUGGCAAAUGCAGAUAAGGUCUGAUGAAAAUCUAAGCCAUCUUAUUAGAGGUCAAACCAAAUUGAGAUAAAAGUGACUGAAAGGAAAUGAAAUGAGCGAGGCAAAAAAAGUCCUAAGCUCUUGAUAAGUGCUAAAGCCCUGAAGCUGCCUCAAAACUCAGGGGAGGGAGCUGAGAGAGUGAUAGUGAGGCAGUAAGAGAGAGGAGGGAGAGAGAGAGAGAGAGAGAGAAAGAGCUGCCGUUGGUGUUGAUAUAAGAGGCUAUUUAUCAAACCAACUGUGUUUCUGUGUGACGAAGGACAAGACUCUGAGAACUGCAAGAUAAUGCUGGAAUACAGACUGGAUUCCUGGACACUUCACACCUGGAUCACCGGCGCACAAGGAACUUGGACUGUCCAUCUGUCAUCCUGCGAUGCUAUGAUUGCUAGUUACGUCAGUGAUUAACUACAUGAAGAGAGGCAAUGCAAAGAGACCAUGGAGAAGUGUUAUGUCACAUUUGAAUGAGGAAAAGAAGUGAGUUUUUGCUCUAAUACUGCAUUUUUGAAGUGUAAAGAUGCUGCCUCGGGAGAUUGGGAGCUCUAAAUCUGGAACAGAACUGCUUAUAUCUGACUAAACCAAGGGGAUAGACAGACAUACAGCUUUUUUGUCCGUUUAUAAAUGAAAAGCUACGCUUUACAUGGUACAGCGUACUGUCUCACAAAGUUGCUUCCUUCCCACUUUAUGUUGCUGUCAAGCUAUACAUUUAAGGGAAGUAUGCUUUAUUUUUUAUAUUUCCAGUGGAGGUACUGAAGCCAUUUCUUGACUAACCACUUACCAUCACCUGAAGACUAGUAAACUUGGUACACAUGCUCUGGCAGCAUCAUACAAUAGACUUCUGGAGGAUUGUAUUGGAGGUUGUGUAGAAGGCCAUCGUCAAGAAGUGACACAAUGGGGAAGCCAUUAAGUCGUCCAGGCUGCUUACGGCAGAGCCCUUGUUGUUCAAAAAAAGUUGAUGACAGGGAGGGCUACAAUGAAGAUGGAUACAUACCUCAACGCUCCAUUUAUGACACAAUGUGCAUCAAUGAACAGAUUGACCACGGUUCGGCACACAGCACUCUGGGUUCGAGAAGGGGCCGAGAAACUGACUUCUCCAGUAAUGGUUCCCUGGGAGCAGGUGGAGACAUGUUUGACACAAAGUCUUCUGUGCUAGUCAGCAGUGGCAAAAAACUGGACGAGAGGUUCAUAUUUGAUUCUCUGAAAUUAGCAAAUGAUGAACUAAGCAAGUCACCAAGAGGGUUUGUGAGGUCGGCAUCCCCCAGCGUAUCCUGCAGUUCGGCUCCAAGCGGAUCCAUGAACAAGCGGCAUCAUCACCAGGAAAGUGGCAAGAAGGACAACCUCUGCCGUCACUCCUGGAAGGUUCUGUCUCCGCCAAAGUUCCCAGAAACCUUUGAACUCUCCCCAGGUGAAAAGACCUACUUAAACCCAGGAGUUGCCUUCUUUCCAAACAGCAUCACCUCCCCACAAAUUUCACCCUUCUCUGGAUCCCCUUUCUCCACUGGUACGCAUACACCUUCUGUGUUCUUCUCUCCCUCCCCCUUGCCCUAUCAGCAGUUCAACAGGCAAUCUUUACCUACCCAACCGUUUUCACCAAGACCACCUCUGUCAGAGUUAUCAGUCAGUGCCCUAAUGUGUGGCCAAGAAGACAAAGACAAACUAGAGAUUGGCCAAGGUAUGAGGGAUGAUGAGUGCAUGGCAAAAGACAAUCUGUUUCUGACUUUUAAACCCCAGAACAUUGAACCUGAAAAAGAACCGCUGCUGGCCACCCCAGAACCUGAAACUGACACAACGCCCCUUCUGCGCUCUCAGACAUCAAAAAGACCUGCCUUCUCACCCACUCCAAUGGAGUCCACCUGGCCCCGGCGACUGAUUGGAAGGAGAAGGACUGUAAGACAAGGUGGUGCAGUUCACAACCUCCCAAUUCUUCCCCCACUACCCUCUCUGCUAAUGCGGAGUGUCUCAGAUAAAAAGACCAUUCCACGUCUUUCACCGUUCCCCGAGCACCAGGGAAAUGUGGAUGGACAUCUUGACAAGUCUACAUUGACAAGAGAUUUGAAGGAUUGCUCACUUCAAGAAUGGAAGAUCUUGCGAGAACAAGAGGAGCGUAAAGCUGAAGCAUCCAAAAAUGAGAGUGUGAUUGAGGAAUCUUUAGAAGAAGAGAGAAAAAUGGUGCUCAUAGAGGAGAGCACUGAGCAAGGCAUUGAUGAAAAUACCACUCCCGAAUGUGUGGAAGAAAACUGGGAGGCUGUGUUGGAGAUGGUUAAUUCACUUUGGGAUGAGACAUGGAAUGAAGAUUUGCAAAAUGUUGGCUCUCUAAGGCGCUGGCCUCUUUUACAUCCUCCAUCGGGGUUUGGUGGCUCACAAGCUCCAUCUGGUACAAGCUCAGAACUGGGUGCUGAAGAUAUGUUGGAGAUUGAGAAAAUGAACCAAGAGGUUGUGGAAAGCCAAGAUGAUGACGAACCAAUAUUUCAGUACAAUUUGCAAACACGUCAAGGUAAAAGUAAUGUUAUUGUUAUUCAGCCAGGGGGCCAUAAAAUUGUUCAUGCAAAGAUCCCAACCAGUUUAGAUCUUGCCACCAUUGACGCCCAAAUGGGUAACAAAUACAACCAUAGCGAAUCGCCAGAUUCCCACCUGACACUAGACUCGGAUUCAAGUGGUAUCUACAUGUCAAAUCUCAGCCAAACGAGUAGAGAGGACAUCACUUCUGAUAAUGACAGACCUAUGUCAGAUCUUGGAAGUAUUACUUCGCUUAUUCAAGAGGAAGAGGGUAAGGACAAUGUCCGAAUUACUGGAGCAUACUCGUCAAUUCCAAAAGCAAAUAAAUUGGCAACUUUCAGCAAAAAAGAUCCUUCUGGGCUGAGAGCUAAUAGCGUAGAGCUAGGAAGGCAAGCAUUUUGUAAAGAGAUUACAAACAAAGCUACAGAAAUACAAGCACGCUUGAAACCUGUUGACAAAGGAUCUCUAACCCAAGAGAUUCAUAACACUGUGAACACAUCGACUGAUUUACCUUUGCCACUUUCCCCAUCCAAACACGAGGCUAAAGAAACUUUAUUAGUCAAGAGCGACACUGAUCCAUUUGUUGCCACAGAUAGUUUUGUCUACCUGGCAGUAUCAGUGCUGCCCCCACCCCAGGAAAGCGUGACCAAACCUGCACUGGAGGAGCCAUUGCCCCCUACUUCCUUUGCCAAACCUUGCCCUUACCCUGAUGAAUGUGACUUCCUCUCGACAGAUAGUUUUGUUUACCUGGCUGCUCCUGACUGCCACCUGCUGGUUACAGAGGGACAUUCAGUAUAUGGUGACUCAAAAGAUUCUGAAUCAGAGGACAGCGGUUCUAGGGCAGACUUUGUUAUGGCCUCUGCGGUAGGAGGAGAUAGCGAUUGGGACUCAGACCUGACUGAUUCUGAACCAGAGCCAAACUCUUCCAAGCCUGCGUGGGACUACUGGGAGGAGCUAGAGCAGGGGGUGCUGCAGGAACUAUUCAGCGAUGACCAAUCAGAUGCAGACAAACUGCUCUAUGGCAACCAAGCUCAGCAGAUUUUCUGCCAGCGUGGGGAGUUGGCUGCUAUUGUUGUACAGGAGCUGGAAGAGGUGUCCUCACAGUACACACAGGGGGCAGAGGCACACACUGAGGUGAAAUCUGUAUCCUAACUCUCAUUACUGCACUGGCAAACCUAUUGUAUUAGAGCCCAUUUAAUAAUUCUAAUGCUAAACAUCAUAAACAGGUAUUUUUGUUUUUGUUUUCCUCUAUUUCUCCUUAUUUAAUAAUGUAUAUAUUAUUUCAAAGUUGUGAUGCCAACAUCUACCAGUAUUCACAAUAAAAUGUGGAUGUGUUCUUGAUAGCAAUUUUGUUGAAGCACAGUUUAAGUCUCUCUUUUAAGUUGCAUUUCUGUUUUAAAGUUUGUGUCAUGGUGGACAGCUUUAUGGGUUUAUUGAUUUGUUAUUGAAUUCAAUGUUAUGUUGACCAUUAAGUAUUUGUGAACUGAUAGAUUUGGCUAUUAAUAGGUGAUCGUGGAUGCAAUGUGAGAGAUCAACAUAGGAGCUUCAAAUCUAUUGCAGACUAAUGUUAGAUCAAUAAUAGAUACACUAAAUGCUGUGUGCUCUGUAUAACAAUAAUUAAUGUUAUAUGUUACCGGGAUCAUUUUAAAAAACUGACUGUGAAAGUCCUGAAGGGCAAAUAGGCUGAUGUAGACAUUUUGACCUUGUCAAUAAAGGAGCACAGUUUAUAGCACAAAUAAUGCUUAAUAUGCAGUAAAAUGUGUGUACUUAGCUCAGUUUAUAAAGUUUAAAUUCAGCAGGGAGAGUUGUUCCACUUUUUAACGCAUUGCAAAGGAAAUGCAUUCUGGUUGUCAAUAAAUGAAAUGUGAAGGAU